AUGGGAAACGCCACGCCGGUGACCAGCCCUCUGCCAGGGGCCCUGUCGACUGGCGUAUCUCCCCAGAACUGCACGGUGCCCUUCAACGACAGCAGGGUGUUCCUGGUGACUGUGUACAGCACCGUGUGCACGCUGGGCCUGCCAGCCAACUGCCUGACGGCCUGGUUGACGCUGCUGCAGGCGCGCCAGGGCCACGUGCUGGCCGUCUACCUCUUCUGCCUGGCGCUGUGCGAGCUGCUCUACAUCAGCACGCUGCCGCUCUGGGUCGUCUACAUCCAGAACGGGCACCGCUGGCCCCUGGGCCCGCGGGCCUGCAAGGUGACCGCCUACGUUUUUUUCUGCAACCUCUACGUCAGCAUCCUCUUCCUGUGCUGCAUCUCCUGCGACCGCUUCCUGGCAGUGGUGUACGCGCUGGAGACACGAGGCCGCCGCCACCGGAAGACCGCCAUCCUCGUCUCCGUGUCUGUCUUCGUUCUCGUGGGGCUCGUCCACUACCCGGUGUUUCAGAUGGAGGAGAAGGAAACCUGCUUCGAGACGCUGCCGAUGGACCGCGAGAUCGCCGGGUACUACUACACGCGCUUCGCCGUGGGCUUCGCGGUCCCUCUGUCCGUCAUCGCCUUCACCAACCAGCGCAUCUUCAGGAGCAUCAAGCUGAGCACCAGCUUGAGUGCCGCCCAGAAGGCCAAGGUGAAGCGCCUGGCCAUCGCGGUCGUGACCAUCUUCCUGUUCUGCUUCGCUCCCUACCACCUGGUGCUCCUGGGCAAAGCCAUAGCCUUUUCCUACUACAAAGGAGACACAGGCCCUGUGUGCGCCUUCGAAAUCAACCUGUACACGGUCUCCGUGGUGUUCCUGAGCCUGGCCACGGUGAACAGCGUGGCUGACCCCAUCAUAUAUGUGCUGGCCACGGAAGUUUCACGCCAAGAAGUGUCCAGAAUCCACAGGGGGUGGAAAAAGUGGUCCAUGAAGACAGACGUCGCCAAGCUCACGUAUUCGAAGGAUUCAGAGGAGGCACGAUCGCCCACAUAGCUCACAAACGGCUACGCCUUCCCCAAGCCUGUCCGCCCACCAGGGCCACCGCCGGGCGCGUGGGCCUCGCCAUGCACCCUGGAGGGCCCGACUGAGGAGCCCUGCCGAACCCAGCAUGGGAGUCCAGGGCCGAUCGCUCGGCUCCCCACGGAGCCUGCCCGCCAGUGUCCACAGCGCCGGCUGCGGAGCCCCCUCUGGAUGACACGCCACAGAUUUCUCGUUCUUGGAGCUUCUGCCCCUUGGGGGGUCCCAGCCCCCCAGGCUUUUCCACUGGGAGCGGAAGCCCCACAAGGGAGGAGGCAGGACGCCGAGGUUUUAGGAAAAGUUCCUGGCAUCCGAAAUCCCAGCCUGGGGCUCUCCCUCCAGCCCCCUCACCUGGCAAACCGCCCCCCAGGACCGUCCUUGCACCCUAGCCUCUCGGGCAGCGUCACUGGCCCUGGGGUUUCGGCAUCUUACGCCUCAAUUUCAGUCACGGAGGCCGCGUGGUGGGCCCCAGUGGCCGUCUGGACGCCCGGCGCUGGCCCUGCCGGGUCCGCAGUCAUCCUGGCCCAGCGGCUCUGUGGCGGGGCACUGCUUUCUGUCCGCUCUCCCCGGGGAGCUCAGAGCCUGCCUUGCCCGCACCAGGGAGCCCAGGCUGGGCAAGGCGCAGGGGAAUCGGAUGGGGGCUGGACACACCCCGGCUCCCAGCCCUGCCAGAUACACCCGCACAUCCGGUGCAGGGUCAGGCCCCCUCGGGGGCCCACCCUCACUCCGCCGGGCUCGCGAGUGGCCGCAGCCCACAGGUGUGCCCACCGGGCGGACCCCGUGGGGACAGGCCCAAGGAGAAGCCACGGCAGCGGCGGAGGAGCCCCACCCUCCGGAGGCCAGCGCAGGCGCACUGGGGCCGCGCGCGGAGACCUGGGAGCCGCCGGGGGCGGGGCGGCCGAGGGCGCGGGCCCAACGGCCAACGCGGCCGCGCGGGAACUCAGGCGCCAGGCCCCGCCCAUGGUUUGA